ACCUCUGAACCGUCCAUGAUACGAUCGGUCUGUUUGCAUUCCUUUGUAGGUGAGACGGGCAGAAAUGAGAAAGCCAGUCUGAGCCUUUCCUUUCAGUUUCUGCAAGAACGAGGCCAGAGUCUCCAGGUCAUCCAGUCUUCACUGUGGGUCUACGUACACUCCUCUGAUGAAUCCCACCGAGGCUCCCGUAUCCCUGCCAGAGUGUAUCUCCCAGCAGAUGAUGGUCGGACACUGGUCAUUGAAAAGAUGCUAGAAGUCCAGGAGAGUAACUGGCACACCUUCCCUGUCACCCGUACCCUGCAAGCAUUUCUGGACGGUGGACGGCAUCGAUUACACCUGGAGGUCAGCUGUGAUGAGGGCGGGAGAAACCUUUGCUUCUUAGAAGCCUCUCCCGAUACCCCCCACCAGCCGUUCCUGGUGGCCCAGGUACGUCCGCGUGGCGAUGAGACCAGGCACUCGCUAAAGAAGCGCUCCUUGAGAUGUGGGAAAGAUGUGACCAUCUGCUGCAAGAGAGACCUGUACAUCAACUUCAAGGACAUCAAGUGGGAUGAGUGGAUCAUCGCCCCCGAUGGCUAUCACAUGAACUACUGCGUCGGUCAGUGUCCUCAGCAUCUUUCCGGCUCUCCUGGGAUUGCGUCAUCAUUUCACACCUCGGUCUUCAGUCAGCUGAAGAUCAAUGGCAUCAACACAGGUACAACUUCAUGCUGUGUGCCCACUGAGCGCCGGCCUCUCUCCAUGGUCUUCUUUGACUCUCAGCACAGCAUUGUCAAAAUGGACAUCCCGGACAUGAUUGUAGAGUCCUGCGGAUGUACAUAGGGCUCAU